CCUUCAUAUGAACAUAAAUAUUGUUUUCUUGGUUUAGGCACCAAGCAGUCUUCCUUACAAGCCUCAAAGGAACUUAACAGGAUGCCGAGCCAGAGAGAACCACCCAGAUUAACAGUGCCUGGAAACAGAUUCCACUCAGGGAAGAUGCAAGAGAGUCGGAAAGGAGAUGGUUCCUUGGGAACAUCCAGCGAAGUGUCAAUGAAUUCAGAGAGUAUCUCUGGCGAGGAAAUGAUACGCAAGCGGAGAAAGCAAAUAAUCGAAGUCAUUGAGAAGGACCUAGAACUCUUUCUAGAUGAGUCUGUCUCCCAGUCGGUCAUCACGGAGGAAGAAUAUGCAGCCUUAGAUAAAAGCAAAGAGAAUGCCAAGAAGAAAACUCGAACGCUGCUGCUUCUGCUACAGAAAAGAGGGGGAGCAGCCUGCACCCAGUUCCUGGAAUGCUUGGAAGUGGUAUGUCCAGGUACAAACGGGGCACUGCAACGUUCAAUACGCGAGCAUUCAUUUCCAGAGGAGCAAGCUGAACACUCAGAAGUAUUGGAGGAGAAAAAUAAAGAGGGUUCUAAAGGUAUUUCCUUUCACAAUUGGAGGAGGGGGGAACUCAUAAUCCCUCAUUCAUGGAAUUCUGUAGGGCUUUUCCACAAUAUAGUCAUCCGCCAGGCCCUCCCCUGUGUCUUCCAGGCAGUUUUGUGAGGUUUUUAUGUUAGA